AUGGCUAAACUCUCACUUAUCGUUUUACUUACAACGCUCAUAACUCAACUUCAUCAGGUUCAAGGUACACAUCACCCCCUGUGUAAGAAGCACCCAUCGUCUGACUUCGGGAUUCUGUACAGCAACGCCUGUUACUACGUGUACGCCACCCCACGGAACAACUCUGACGCCUUCGCCGUGUGUGAGGACGCCCACACCAACCUCGUCUUCUUCCCGAAGGUCGUCCCUCACUUGCAGAUAAUGGACAUUUUGAAAGCUGAAAAUAUAUCUAAAAUAUGGCUUGGCCUGAAGCAAAGUACCCCUACAAAAUGGGCCUGGAAGUAUAAAGAGGACUUCUACCCUCUGGUCGGCGUCAGAUGGGAGCCGGAAAGCCCGGUGAGUGCGACGUUGGAAGGCGCUACCACCUCAGUCAACGCCACCUGGACCAGGGCCAACGUCAACGAAAACUACAGCUUCGUCUGCGAAGACCCGACACCUCUCGACCUCUACUCCGUCGGAUGCGCGGACGACUCGUUAGCUACCCUGGUGCUGUACCACCCGACUCUGAUGCAGUGCUACUACCUUUACAGCCACAUGUUCAACUACACAAGGGGCCGUGACUUAUGCCAUCUUAGGGGACGACACGUCCUUCACCUUGAGACUCAAGCAGAGAUCACCACCUUUGUUAACGAGAUGAGCGGUAACGUGUAUUAA